UCCUGUCGGUGCUGCAAUCUUUUCGCUCCGCCGCCUUCCACAGCCGUGGGAUCAUAUGCUGCUGUUCGACUGCAAACGGAGUAACUUUAUACCAGCUUAACAGCCAAACCGACAGCAUUUGGAGUGAAAUACAAACGGCCAUCUUGCUUCUACACGUCCCGAUGGACACUGUUCAGAAAAUGAAGACUGGAUUUUCUCUAGACCUGGGACCUUUGAAAGAACCUCUUGGAUUUAUUCGUCUCCUAGAAUGGGUCUUCGCCAUCUGUGCCUUUGCCACCACAGGAGGUUAUUCUGGGACAACCCACUUCACAGUGAAAUGUACAGGAGAGAAGGAGGAAACAGACGUAAAGGCGGUGUUUGGCUACCCCUUCAGGUUGGGAGCUCAUCCGUAUGACGUACCGACAUGUAAUGGCAGUCAAACCAAUGCGACAUUCCUGCAGGGCGACUUCUCCUCCUCAGCUGAGUUCUUUGUGUGCGUCGGUGUGUUUGGAUUCCUUUAUUGCACCGCCACACUAAUCCUCUAUCUGGGCUACCAGCACGUCUACCGUCAGGCCCCCCGCAGCCCCAUCAUAGACCUUGUGGUUACUGCAGCCUUUGCCUUCCUGUGGCUUGUGUCCUCCUCAGCCUGGGGCAAAGGCCUGACUGAUGUCAAAUGGGCCACUGACCCCACCCACCUGGUGGAGCGAUGCACUGUUACUUGCCAUCCAGGAGAGUUUCCCUCCAUGGGCCGCCUUAAUGCCUCUGUGAUAUUUGGCUUUUUGAACUUGAUCCUGUGGGCAGGCAACUGCUGGUUUAUCUACAAGGAGACUCCUUUCCACAAGGAUCCCAACCCACCGGCCUCCACGGAGGAAGGUGCUGCCCCUGGGCCCUAACCGUAUCAUUGAGGGUCCUCAAACAUAGCCACUUACCCACAGAGAAAACCCACACAGCUUUAUGCCCCACAAUGGCCUCUCAUGUUAACCUGCAGAAAUGGAAACAAAAGGAUGUCAGCUGUCAUAAAUAUUCCCCUUAAGCAUCUAACAUUUGUCUUUAGCCUAACACUAGUCACUAGCUUAAGGUCAUCAUUGAGGGACAUCUGUCACUUUAUUUAAUCAACUCUAAAACACUAAGUGUGAACACAAACUGAAAUACUUUCACUCUAUGUACAACAAGAGCUAUAGGGAAUGUAUCCUGGGUUUAAAUCUAAAAUUAUGGAUAUGUGAUGUUCAGAGCAGGAGUGCACUUGCUUCCUUAUUAACAAACUGUUCUCCCUUGAUGUCUGCCCUUCAGGGAGCCACCUAGUGAUGAACUUGUGUUGUAAGAAAACAGAAUCACUGCUGGUCUCCAACCAAGGAGACUGACAAAAGAUUAGGUUACAUUAACUAAACAUUAACAUCCAGUAAAAGCAAAUAUUGUCAUAAGGAACAUCCAAAAGCAAACAAAUAGGUGGGAGAAAAUGUUCACACUUUUAAGUAGAGUCCUGCUCUUUUUUAACGAUGGUCUAAACAAGCCAUGGAUGAGUCACAGCCUCUUACUAUAUUAAAUGCUCUUUUUCCUCCUACUUAUGGAAGAACUGAUAUCCACCAGACUCCCCAUCACUGACACAGAUCUGCUGACAGACACACAUCACUACGUGGCCAUUGCAAUUUCAACACGCUUUGAUUUUGUUAUUGCAAAAAGAUGACACAAUAUAAAAGAAAAAUCACACUGCUGCACUUCUCUGCACUUAAGAUGGCCAAGCAGUCUAUUACUAUGAAUGUGUGGUUUUGACAGAGGCCUCAGGUUGUAAAUGCUUCAGUCUGUGUCUAGAACAGGGCAGCCUCUUUAUAGAUUUACUCCAGUCGCUGUUUUACAUGAACAAACAGGUGAGGGGACUGAUAUCAGGCCAAACUAUUUAGUUAUUGCUUUAAUAAUACUCAGUAACACUAAGAUUCAUCUUUAUGGGAACUACUUUUUGCAAAAGGUGCCUUACAGUGACAUUAUUUAUACACACUUCACAUGUAUUUUUUUUCAUGAAUUGGUCCGUUUCAUAUUUUAUCACUAAAUGUGGGUUUCUGUUGAUCCCAGUGGAAAGGUUUCAGUGUGCAGCUUCUCUCUUUUUGCAGCAAAAAAUACCUGUUCAGUUGAUUGUAAUGCUGAGUGGCUUUAGCUUUAGACUUAAUGAUGUUUUGAUAAAUUGUUCCAAGUAACAGAAGAGACGAAGUGUACCCUCCAGACUGAUUACUGCUCUACAUGUACAGUGAGUGCCGUGCAUUAAUUGUUUAUACUGAACUCUUGCAGUUGUUCAGAUUCACUCUUGAUGACUUUUUGUCAACACAUUGAUUAUUAGUGUUGCACACAAAGGAAUUGUUUAUUAUCGCUGCAAACUAACUGCAUUAAUAGAUUGUUGGCCACUGCCUCUGUAGGGAAUAUAUGAGGGUCUGUUUGAGUCAUUAGUAAUAUAUUUUGAGCACACACAUUGAAAUUAGACAUAAAUUCAGUGUGGUCAGUUUUAAAAGAUAAAUCUUGGAGUACAUUGGUAUGUAGAAUGUUUCUGUAAUGGUUUGUUGACAUUGGACUUUAUGUAUUUUAUGCCUUGUUUGAGCAAAAAGAAACAGUGAUUUAUCUGUAUUAUUUGUAAAACAUGAGAGCUGCAA